AACACUGUUGCUUAGAGGAAGAAAAACGCGUUUUGUGAAAAAGAACACCGUUGAAUCUUGUUUCUCUCCUCCUUCUUCUCCUUCUCCUCUCUCUCAUCCCUUUUUUUUCUUUCUUGCAAUUUUCCUUCAAAAUCGGGAUUAGGGUUUUCAGAAAAACCCUUUUCUCCCUUCUUUACUCACUCAAGGGAGAAACAAACAAAAAUAAAAGAAGAUUUUUGUUUUGUGUUUUGAAUUCCAGUUUUGCAUCUUCUUCUGUGAGAUGUUUUCUUCUUCUUCUUCUUUUCGUUCCAGUUCAGUGAUCAAAUGGAGCACCUUCACUUCUCAGUUCCACUUUAUGUUCCUCCUUUUCCUCCUCCUAUUUUCGUUUCACAAAAACGACGCCGUUUCACCCUCUUCCGACAAAUCCCUACUUCUCAAGCUCAAAGACUCUAUCUCCGACCCCUCCGGCAUGCUCUCCACGUGGAUCCCCACCGCCGGCAACGACUCCGACCACUGUUCAUGGCGCGGCGUACUCUGCGACUUGGCCUUGCCGCCGCGCGUAGUAGCCAUCAACCUCACCGGAAACGGCCGGAGCAGCCGAAGCUUCUGCUCCGAUUUCGCUCAAUUCCCUCUAUACGGCUUCGGAAUCAGGCGGAGCUGCAACGGCAGCGGCGGCUCCCUCUUCGGAAAGCUCCCGUCGGUUAUCGGCGAGCUUUCCGAGCUCAGGAUCCUCUCUCUCCCCUUCAACGGCAUUGACGGCGAGAUUCCCGGCGAAAUUUGGGGGUUGCGGAACUUGGAGGUGCUUGAUCUAGAAGGGAACUUGGUGACCGGUCACCUACCGUUGCGGUUCGAAGGUUUGAAGAAGCUGAGGGUUCUGAAUUUAGGGUUCAACAGAAUCAUUGGAGAGAUACCGAGCUCAAUUGUAUCACUCGAGAGCUUGGAGGUUCUGAAUUUGGCUGCUAAUGGUUUGAAUGGUUCUGUUCCUGGUUUCUUAGGGAGGCUUAGAGGGGCGUAUCUGUCAUUUAACGAGCUCGUCGGCGUUAUCCCGGAGGAGAUAGGGGACAAUUGUGGGAGCCUUGAGCAUCUGGAUUUGUCAGGGAACUUCUUGGUCCAGGGCAUUCCGGUAAAUUUAGGUAACUGUACCCGGUUGAAGACUCUGCUUCUGUAUUCGAAUCUUUUGGUAGAUGCCAUUCCCAGUGAAAUCGGAAAGCUUAAGAGCCUUCAAGUGUUGGAUGUUUCGAGAAACACGCUCAGUGGUCCGGUGCCACGCGAGCUAGGGAACUGCUCGGAGUUGUCUGUCCUUGUGCUCUCAAACCUCUUUGAUCCCACCGGAGGUGCGGCGAGGGAUUCCGGGGAUGAUUCUUCAGCAGGGCAGCCAAUUUCUGUGAACGACGAAUUCAAUUAUUUUGAAGGUGCAUUGCCUGCGGAGGUUGCACUGCUUCCAAAACUGAGAUUGUUGUGGGCUCCCAUGGUUAACCUGGAAAACGAUUUUCCAAGAAAUUGGGGCAGUUGUGACAGGUUGGAGGUGGUUAAUUUGGCUCAGAAUUACUUCACCGGGGAGUUCCCCAACCAACUUAGGUCCUGCAAGAAGCUGCAUUUCCUUGAUUUGAGCUCAAAUAACUUCACUGGUGAGCUUUCUGCUGAACUUGGUGUUCCUUGUAUGACUGUCUUUGAUGUUAGUGGGAACAUUUUGUCCGGUUCGAUACCCGAGUUUGUUGGUGAUAUCUGUCCCCCUGUUCCUUCAUAUAAUGGGAAUCUCUUUGAAUAUGAUGACUUGUCCCUGCCAUAUGCAUUGUUUUUUAUGUCGAAUGUUAGGGAUAGAACUUCCAUUCUGCCAUCAUUAGGAGGAUUUGGUCUAUCUGUGUUCCAUAAUUUUGGGGUAAACAACUUAAGUGGCAUUCGUUCUCUGCCAAUAGGUACACAUUUAUUGUUGGAGAAAACAAGAUUUCCGGGCCGUUACCAUCGAAUCUGUUUGAUAAAUGUGACAGUGUAGAUUCGCUGCUAUUAAAUGUCAGUUAUAAUAACUUGUCUGGUAAGAUUCCUUCCAAUGUUGGCGCAAUAUGCAAAUCACUGAAAUUUUUGGAUGCAUCCGGAAAUCAUAUUUCGGGAGCAAUUCCUGCCGGUUUUGGCGACGUGGUUUCUCUUGUUGCUCUUAACUUAAGUCGGAAUCAAUUACAAGGUCAAAUUCCUUCCAGCCUUGGUCAAUUGAAGGAUCUAAGGUUUCUCUCUUUGGCACGCAAUAAUUUAAGUGGCUCGAUUCCUUCAAUCUUGGGGCAGUUGCACUACUUAGAAGUCUUGGACCUUUCUUCCAACUCGCUUACUGGUGAGAUCCCUGAGGCUAUUGUGAACAUGAGAAACCUAACUGAUGUGCUCCUCAACAACAACAAGCUUUCUGGCCACAUACCUCCUGGUUUGGCUAGCCUCCGUACGCUCUCUGCAUUUAAUGUGUCUUUCAAUAACUUAUCUGGGUCCUUGCCAUCACAUAGCAGCUUAAUUAAAUGCAGCAGUGCUGUGGGGAAUCCUCUUAUACGUUCUUGUCGUGGAUUUUCUCUCUCUGUGCAAUCACCAGAUCAACAAGGGCAAGCAACAGAUAAUUCUGAGAGUGCUGCACCAGAACAGGCUUCUAGCAGUAAGAGUGGGUUCAACUCCAUUGAAAUAGCAUCCAUAACUUCUGCAUCAGCCAUUGUUUCUGUUCUUAUAGCGCUAGUGAUUCUGUUCCUUUACACAAGGAAGUGGAAACCAAUGUCCAGGGUUGCUGGGUCCACAAGAAAAGAAGUCAUUGUCUUCACUGAUAUCGGGGUUCCAUUGACAUAUGAAGAUGUUGUCCGUGCCACUGGGAAUUUCAAUACAAGCAACUGUAUUGGGAAUGGAGGGUUUGGGACAACCUACAAGGCAGAGAUAUCACCAGGGACUUUGGUGGCAGUCAAACGCCUGGCAAUUGGACGCUUUCAAGGUGCUCAACAAUUCCAUGCAGAGAUUAAGACCCUUGCAAGGCUUCAUCACCCAAAUCUUGUCACACUCAUCGGUUAUCAUGCUUGUGAGACAGAGAUGUUUCUCAUAUACAACUAUUUGCCAGGUGGCAAUCUGGAAAAAUUUAUCCAGGAGAGGUCAACAAGAGCUGUGGAUUGGAGAAUUCUUCACAAGAUUGCAUUAGACAUAGCCCGUGCACUUGCCUACCUGCAUGAUCAGUGUGUACCUCGAGUUCUUCAUCGAGAUGUCAAGCCCAGCAACAUCUUGUUGGAUGAUGAUUUCAAUGCGUAUCUGUCCGACUUUGGAUUGGCCAGGCUUCUGGGUACUUCAGAGACCCAUGCUACCACUGGUGUAGCAGGAACAUUUGGUUAUGUGGCUCCUGAAUAUGCCAUGACAUGCCGUGUUUCUGAUAAGGCUGAUGUGUAUAGUUAUGGUGUUGUGCUUCUAGAGCUGCUCUCAGACAAGAAAGCAUUGGAUCCUUCAUUCUCCUCUUAUGGGAAUGGCUUCAACAUAGUAGCAUGGGCAUGCAUGUUACUGAGGCAAGGAAGGGCUAAGGAGUUCUUCACUGCCGGGUUGUGGGAUGCAGGACCAGGAGAUGAUUUGGUAGAAGUCCUACACUUGGCAGUUGUGUGCACGGUGGACUCGCUCUCUACCAGACCGACGAUGAAACAAGUUGUGAGACGGCUUAAACAACUUCAGCCCCCAUCAUGCUAGCCCCACCGCAUUUUGUGAGGUUGUUCUCGUCUGACAUAUAGUGAUUUUAGAAAUUUGCCACCUUGUUAAUUUGUAAUUUGGCAUUUGAUGCUUUUCUUUUUUCUUCCUUUUUUUUUUGUGUUUUUUCUUAGGUUGAGUUCCAAAUUGUAUGUAACACCCCCCAUUGUAUAUUUUAUUAUAGUUGUGCCCCCAAUUUUCCAUGCUCUUUCCUUGAUUAGGUUUAGGGGGCUUGGGGAAGAUUCUGCAGAAGAAUGCAGAUAUUUGAUAUCCACGACAUGCCAUGCGAUGCCAUACAUGCCUAUGCCAUAUGAUGUAUUUCUCCAAAUAAAAUCAUAGCAUACAAUCAAUUUCCUCAACUUAUUUCGCAUCUUUGGCAGAACUAGAGUGAGGAGAAAAAGAAAAGAAAAGAAAAAGAAAAAAAACACUAUUCUUUUUCCUAUUGGGUGUAAAUGUAAGGGAAGGCAUGUGUCCCCCACAUGAUCCUAACAAUGUCUUUGGUUCUGGUUGCAUAUGACAAGUUUACUGUAAGUUGUUUCUCA